UUUAGACCCCCCCCAAACCGCCAGGCCAUGCGCUUCACAAGCAUGUGAUGUGUCAGCAAGCCAGUCAUGCAGCUCAAAGCAAAGCCGUCAUGAACUCCAUUAUAAUCAGAACAGAGAGCGACACGAUCCUAUUUGAUCAUCAACUGAAAGGCUCCCUACCACCAUAUCAACAUGGAUUGCGGGAUUAUUACAUCCAAAACAGUCCUUUUGCUUCUGAAUGUAAUAUUUUGGGCUGCGGGUGGCGCUCUUGUCUACGUAGGCUCUUACGUGAUCAAGAGCUACAACAACUUUGACAACUUCCUGGAGGAUAAGUACACACUCAUCCCUGCAGCCAUCAUCAUCACUGUGGGAGUGGUGAUGUUCAUCAUCGGGACUGUGGGCUGCUGCGCCACCCUGAGAGAGUCCAAAGUGGGCCUGAGCUUUUUCCUGAUGAUCCUCCUGGCCAUGUUUGCAGCAGAGGUUGCUGCCCUAGUGUUUGCUUUCAUUUACCAAGGCAGGAUAAAAGGUGAUUUGGAGCGGUCAAUGAGCAAUGUGUUCCAGAAGUAUGAUGGGGAGAACUCUGAAUCCCGGGCUGUGGAUUAUCUGCAGUCUCAGUUGCAGUGCUGUGGAGUGCAGACCUACAUGAACUGGACCACCAUGCCCUGGUUCAGCAGCAGUAACAACACUGUGCCCAUCUCCUGUUGUAAACAGAACAACACCGAGUGCACGGGAAAAUUGGACCAGCCAGACCUUCUCAAUACUCAGGGUUGUGAGGUUAAGCUGGAGCAGCUCCUUCAGGAUGUGAUGAGCUAUGCCAUGCUGGUCAUCCUUGGCUUUGCCAUCAUCAAGUUUUUCGGGAUGCUCAGUGUGUGUGUGAUCACCUGUAAAAGUGGCAGGCGAACUGGCUACCAGACCCUAUAUGUCUGAUAUGACCUGCUGUCAUGAAAGAUGCUUUAGAAGCUUGUCUUGCAGCAGCUCCUGACCCUUGACCCCUGACACCUCUCCCCGCUCCUCUCCAGCAGUGUGAGGUCAUAAAGCCAAAGGACUUGUGUUCCCCACACUAAUAUUUUAGCAUCCUUUCAGGAGCAUUGUCUUAAUGUUUUCCUUCAGCUUUCCCGGGCAGUUGUCAGGCCCACCAAACUUUAAGCAAACCACUGCCAACAUUGGAAGCAAUGGAAAACCACAAGAUAGUUGCAAAUUACCACUCAAACUUUUAAACAAAGGAAGUUGGCUUAAGCUUAACGGUGUUGUAAUUUGCUGCUGUACAUACUGAAAAAGAAGAAAGGAUAUGCACAGUGACAUAUCAGUACAUGGAAUACAUUCCAUUUAAAGGGGAAAUCUGGUGUGACCUGGGAUUCAACAACAACAGAGGUCACCCCUGACAGUUGUUUGAUAAACAGCUGAGGGAUGGGGCUGGGGAAAUAGUCUGACCAUCAACCAUAUCAAAUUGAUAGUUUUAACCAUGUUUUGAAGCUAUACAGUGAUUGUUAACAAUUACUUUGUUUAUAAACAAUGGGGUAAAACAUGCUUAUAUUUUGGGUUCUGAUAGGAUAAGACAGUUGAACUAAGCUAUAUCAAUGGCUAUAUAUCAUUAAUUUAAAAGUCCAAAAAUGCAUCUUCCAAUCCCAUAUUUCCCCUUUAAGCAUUGAAAUGUUGUGUUGAUUCUGCCAAGUUGUUUUUCAGGUUCCAACGCAUCAGGUAGUAGGCGUUAUGUCUAAGAUAUACAGUCUUACAUUAGAAAAUAACUGUCAACAUUCUUUUGGAAAUGAAUGCUUAUUGUACUUGAAAGAGAUAUUGAUUUCAAUGUCCAUUAACACCACUAAUUUCUGCACCAUUGUAGAGUAUUGUGCAAUUAAAUGUAAUCAUAUCCGGUAGAGUAGAUGGCAUACAGUUGGACUUGCUUGUGUAUAUUUGAUUUAUAAUGUAUUAAAAGACAUUUACAUUU